AUGUCCGGACGCGGUCCAGCGUCUCCCGAUGAGACAGAAGCUCAGUCGGACAAAUCAUUCACACAGGGUCGCCCUCCCACUACCACAAGUCAACAAGCUCGACGAACCCGGCAAUCAGCAGCUUCAACGCCACGAUCUGGGCCAAUUCCAGUGCCACCCGUGUCAACAGCAGAAACUCCGGGACAGCGAGCAGGAUUCAGAGCUGGCACGAGACCUCCAUCUGGACACCCACCUUCUAUACUGCCACCCGAGAAAGUCUUUCCGAUACAGAUAGGCUCAGACCUAUUCCGCUUGUCUGGCGCUUCAAUAUCCUCCGAUGCCCCAUCCUACUUUACGCAGUUCUUCGAGGAGCAGAUUCGCCAGAAUGAGGAAUCUGGCGGCGUGCGCACUCUUUACAUUGACCGCGAUCCAAUAACCUUUCGCGACAUUGCACGCCAUCUACAGGGCUACUACGUCAAGCCGCAGGAUGGUAGUCACUUUGUCAAGCUAUUCGCCGACGCACAGUUCUACAGCCUUCCCCGACUAAUAGACCAACUUUUCGAAUCGGAAAUCUUUAUUCAAAUCGGUGAGCGCCAUUUCCAAAUUCCCAAAGACGUCUUCUCGGAGCCUGGCAACAGCCCGAACUUUUUCAGCCUAGGCUUUGCCGUCUUCUUCAGCACUCCUGGUGAAGUCUUCCCAGGCCUCGACCGACGUGGCCUACUGCGGCCCCCGUCCAUCACUCCGCCCUACGUGCCCGGCCGCAGCGCCGAAAUUUUUGCCGAACUAUUGCACCUCCUGCGCGGGUAUCCACUGCACAUCCGCAACGAGUCCCACCGCGCCGAGCUUCUGCGCGACUGCCGAUACUUCCAUCUCAGGGGUUUGGAGCAGAAGAUCAUUGCGCACAGUAUCGCAUACAACCUUGCGCGCGAGCGGCACGAGAUCACACUGCGCCUAGAGGACGUAAAGCCUAGUGGCGUCAGCUUCACACCCGAUGCAUCCAGUGUGCCAUCGCCGCCGAGCUCGCCUUCCCACCACACUCUAUCAGUGCCGACAGCCGGCUGGGUUUCGUAUGCGCGCCCAUUCACGGACGAGACGUCCUACGAACUGGUCGUUGAGAUUGGUGGCGAGAGCAUGCAGCUCGACCUGACGGAUAUGCGGGCAGACUUCCACAAUCUGACCAAGGCACGGGUAGGGAGCCUGUUCCAAGUGGUGGCCAAUAAGAUGAACCUACCUACCAACGCACCGUUGGGCCUAAUGGUCUUGAGUCAGGGGCAGGGCCAAGCUGGAGAGGGCAAGAGUCCUGGGCAUACUCCACUAAGCGAGGACCGUGUGAAGGUGCGAUUCGAAGAGGCUACGAGCGUGACAUUGGAUGGAGAGCGGAUUGAGGUGGAUGCGAGCACGGAGUGGGGUCGAAGGAUGUUGUACGGACCCGAUGCCGGGGACGAGAGUCAAGAUGAGGAUGAAGCCAUGGGAGAGGAAGAUGACGAAGAGGAGGAGCAGCAGCCGCCGCCGCCGCCGCCAUCAUCGAUGGGACGGCAGACGAAGACUACGGCAGCGCACCGGCCAAGCCCUGCCGCGCCAGGGCAGAAACACCAUCCUUCCCAGCAGCCGCAGCAGCAGCCACAGCAGCGACCAAAUCCCCACCAAAUCCCACAGCAGAGCCGCACGCACGCCGCACCACCACCGAUUCAAACGGGUCACCCCCCAACCGAUCCCAGGGAAUCAGCCACCUCGCAGUCGAAGAAGCGCAAGCGCCCAUCGACCUCCAACCCCUCCCCAGCGCAGCCCAUUCCCUCGAAGCAGCAGGAGCAGCAGCCGGCGACCGAGUGGAUCAUCCGCGCCGCGCAGUGGCGGCUGCGGGUCCAGCCCAACCCGCAGGACAGCAUCCGCGGCGGUCUGGAGAUUGUGUUCGUCGGCGUCAAAGUCGACGCGUUCAGUGGGGAGAAGGGCCGGAACGAACAACGCGGCUUCUUGAGCGCGGGCUGA